UGUGUGAAGCCUUGUGUGUGACAUUGAGGUGGCUGUUUUCUGCAGUCUCCAGGGUGCUGGCUCAGGCCUGAGAAUUCCAGUCAUGAACCUAAUCCACUCCCAGGACCUGAUUGAGCCCCUUAUCCUGCUGGUGGGAAUGAGGCCAGCCAGGGACCUGGGCCUCCAGGCUCGAGAGUUAUUCUUUUCCCUGAUGUCAAUGAGUGCUAGAGGAUGGGUGGUGUGAAAACUGGCUAGGCAGAUGGAGGGGUCAUGGGGCUCCUUUUGGUCAGGUGUGGCCAGCACUAUAUCGGCCUGGGUGGAUUCUGAAGGGGGUACAGACUGGAGUGAUGGGCACUGGGUGCCCACUCCUCUGGCUCCUGGAGUCCAGAUGAGUGGCUGGGUCAAGACUGCUGUCUUGCUGGGUGGUGGUGGUACACAUAGAGGGCAGGUGAAAAUCAAGACCAGCCUGGCCUGUGUUCCAGGACAGCCUCCAAAGUCACAAACUUGAAGAAGCAGGUUUCCUGCUGACUGAAAAAUAGCACCAAAUGUAUUGCUCUCAGGUGUGGUGUCAAGUUUUAACACCUUGUCCUUAUCUUUGGCGGCCAGAAGAGGGCGUCUGGUAUGGAGAUACGAGGUGUGUAGGUCCUGGGAGUUGCUUCCCCAAAAGCAGCCAAUUUUCAUGGUCACUGAACUAUCUCCCCAACCAAAAAGGUUAGAUCUUAGCUCCACUGCCCCCAUCUAGCAAGAACUCAGGAGUGUUAUGCUUGGCAGGUUCUCUGUCUAAGGCAAGAGCUGGUACCAUGGCCAGAGUGCCACUCAAAGCUUUGGACCCUUGAAGAAUCCACAUAGAGCCACUGCAGCUCUUGCAGAGGACCUGGGUAGGUCCUGAGCACCUAAGUUAGUGAUGCACAUACCCGCAUUCGGGUGCACCUGCCCCUUCACCUAGUUACACAUAGGUAAUAGGGUUAGUUACUGGUCGCUUGCUCCUGAAUGCACUUUGAAUGCCUUUAAUCCCAGUGCUUGGGAGGCAGAGGCCCACCUGAUCCACAAAGCAAGUUCCAGGGCAGCCAGUAUUAACACAGCUGCAUGCAGAGGGCAGGGGGAUCUGAGUUCAAGACCAUCUGGGCCAGGCACUCAGGAGCCAGUCAGGCAACUAACUGUCUUGAGUUCCAGGCAGGACUGGUCUAUCAGACCAGUCUGGAAAAACUAAAAACUGGCACGACACGGAGCACUGUAAGCCUUGGAGAGCUAAACCAGCUAUAGCUCUGAUGUUAAAAUAUCGGGUACAAGACAUUGCUGCUCGCUUGGUGUUGCCGCUAGUGGGUCCCCACGAGCCAGUCCAGCACCUCAGCUUCCCUGCCUCUGCAGAACAGCAGUCCUGGUUCGGGGAGGUUCUCCCUUCCCGUUCCUCACUGCUCCCUCCAGUCCCUUGGCUCCAGGAUGCCUCAUGAAGCUUUACAGAAACCGGAAAACCCUAGGUUCAAAGUCUUCACAGGGCACCUCCCAAACGGCACUCACACCCUCGCCAAGGCCUGGGAGACCACUGUAGCGGAUCCGGCAGCAUUUUCAGCCCCCACCCCUACCCCAGGUCCCUAGUUGCCAUCGGGGCCCUGCUUCGAGAUUCUCCUCUGAAGGAGGCAACGCCAGUCCGAUCGAUGGGGGAGCAGGACCCUUCGAGCUGGUUUGCAGCCUGAGGCAACCAGGGGGCGCGUACCGCAGGCGCUGGGUUGCCCGAAGCCUGAGGGGCUCGACAGGAUAUCAACCUUGGACACCCCAGAUUCCCCACCAAUCAUCCGGGAAGGGUCCCACGCUGACAGCCCCGGAACCUCUGGCUGCAUCGUCCCAAGACCCAAGCCCUUGGUCCACGACCAGCAUCUUCUGUUCAGGACUCAAUUCUAACGUCAAAGUACCAACAAUUGCAAGAAUGGGCGCCCAAAGAACGAGCAAAUGAGCUUUGCGCUGGCAGGGUGCUCCACACUUGUCAUCCCAGCACUAGGAAAGCCAAGGCAGGAGCGCCACAGCUUAGAAGCCAGCCUGUGGGAGGGGAGGGAGCAAGGAAGGGGAGGAGGACCAUGCCAGGGCACACUCCUGUCAUCAAAGCUUGGACUCCAUGCCUGAGCUGUAGGAGGCCGUGCCUCAAACAGGCGCAUACACGGGAGUGUGUGUGUGUGUGGUUGAGACAGAUCCAGAUCCAGACUGUCUUUUGGAGAAGCUGAGUCCUAGACCAGAAGGUAUAAAUUCUCCAAGACCUCACUUGGAAGCCCCGAACGCCUCCCACCGGGAUUGGCUGGAGGGACAGAAGUCUGUCCCACUGCGAAGAGACGCAUAUGCCCGCUGGGAGCGACUCGGUCGCCCGCGUUCCUGUCUGAGCCCAGAAGCCCCCGCGAAAGGGAACCCCAGUGUGCGGCUCCUCCUAGCUCCGGGUACCAAAGCGCGGCAGGCUGUGCGAGCGCCGGUCGGAGCCUCCAUUGACUUGCCUGUCUGGCCCUGGAUGUGGGAGAAAGUGCCAGGAGACGAGAGCAUCACGGAGGAGCUCCCCCAGCCCGCCCCCGCUGCCCGCACCCCUGCAGGCCAGCUUGCCCCAGGGAGGAAAGGGGGCGGGGCGCCUCCGCCUCCCAGGCUGGGGGCGGAGCCGCGCUGACCCUGGAGCCCAAUAAAUCCGCGGCGCGCAGAGCGAGGGGACCGACGGCACAGCGGGGAUCCAGGGUCCCCGAGUCUCCGCAUCCUUCCCAACCGGGUCACCUGUCCCCAUGGAGGGCGCGCAGGCCGCGGCGAGGGCCACCUUCGGGCCCUGGGACUACGGCGUGUUCGCAGUCAUGCUGCUGGUGUCCACGGGCAUCGGGCUGGGGGUCGGCCUGGCCCGCGGCGGCCAGCGCAGCGCCGAGGACUUCUUCACCGGGGGCCGGCAGCUGGCAGCCGUGCCCGUGGGGCUGUCGCUGGCCGCCAGCUUCAUGUCGGCAGUGCAGGUGCUCGGGGUCCCCGCCGAGGCGGCGCGCUACGGCCUCAAGUUCCUGUGGAUGUGCGCGGGCCAGCUGCUCAACUCGCUGCUCACCGCCGCGCUCUUCUUGCCGGUUUUCUACCGCCUGGGCCUCACCAGCACCUACCAGUACCUAGAGCUUCGUUUCAGCCGCGCGGUGCGGCUCUGCGGGACGCUGCAGUACCUAGUGGCCACGAUGCUAUACACAGGCAUCGUGAUCUAUGCGCCCGCGCUCAUCCUGAACCAAGUGACCGGGUUGGACAUCUGGGCUUCGCUCCUGUCCACGGGAGUCAUCUGCACCUUGUACACGACGGUGGGCGGUAUGAAGGCGGUGGUCUGGACAGAUGUGUUCCAGGUGGUGGUGAUGCUCAGCGGCUUCUGGGUGAUCCUGGCCCGCGGCACCGUGCUCAUGGGGGGCCCCUGGAACGUGCUCAGUCUUGCCCGGAACCAUUCUAGGAUCAACCUGAUGGACUUUGACCCUGAUCCUCGAAGCCGCUACACCUUCUGGACUUUCGUGGUGGGCGGCACGCUGGUGUGGCUCUCCAUGUACGGUGUGAACCAAGCCCAGGUACAGCGCUACGUGGCCUGCCGGACGGAGAGCAGAGCCAAGCUGGCCCUGCUUGUCAACCAGCUGGGCCUCUUUCUGAUCGUGGUCAGCGCUGCUUGCUGUGGCAUCGUCAUGUUCGUCUUCUACAGAGACUGUGACCCCCUCCUCACCGAGCGCAUCUCAGCCCCAGACCAGUACAUGCCGCUGCUCGUGUUGGACAUUUUUGAGGACCUGCCUGGAGUCCCUGGGCUCUUCCUGGCCUGUGCCUACAGUGGCACCCUCAGCACUGCAUCCACCAGCAUCAAUGCCAUGGCAGCCGUCACUGUGGAAGACCUCAUCAAGCCACGGAUGCCUAGCCUGGCACCUCGGAAGCUCGUUCUCAUCUCUAAAGGGCUCUGUGAGUUUGGGGGCCCAGGGUGUGGGCCCAGGGUGGUACGCCACACUAAUUGCGAUACCCUUCUGUGCAGCCCUCAUCUACGGCUCAGCCUGCCUCACGGUGGCUGCUCUGUCCUCCAUGCUGGGAGGUGGUGUCCUCCAGGGCUCCUUCACGGUAAUGGGCGUCAUCAGUGGACCUCUGCUAGGUGCCUUCACGCUGGGGAUGUUGCUCCCAGCCUGCAACACGCCUGGCGUCCUAUCUGGGCUGGCUGCAGGCUUGAUUGUAUCCCUGUGGGUGGCCGUGGGGGCCACACUGUAUCCGCCCGGAGAGCAGAUCAUGGGAGUGCUGCCCACCUCAGCAGCCAGCUGCACCAAUGCCUCGGUCCUCAUGGGCCCACCCGGAGCUGCCAACGCCUCCAGCAGGGUCCCCAGCUCCGGAACGGAGGCAGGCCGCCCCGCCCUCGCGGACACCUUCUAUGCUAUCUCCUAUCUCUACUAUGGGGCUCUUGGCACGCUGACCACCCUGCUGUGUGGUGCCCUUAUCAGCUAUCUGACAGGGUCCGGAAGACAUCCCUGCUGCGACCAAAAAGCACCCUGGCUUCCUGCCAGGCGACGAGGCCCACCACCCGCUGUCCCCGGGAUGCGAUCUUGAGACCAACCUCUGAGGGCGGGGCCCAGAAGGCCAAUCGCGCGCCGCGGGCCAGCAGUCUCCUCUCUGAUUGGCUGGACGGGAGCGUGUUCAGAAGCUUGGCUGGCACAGGCCCCGCCCCCUCCGGGGUCCCCGUGUCCCACCCUCACCCAAACGAAGAGGGAUGGUUCUCCACCCACAAAGGAAACGCCUGGAACCUUCGGGACCUUUGUAGAGCUGCGGUCAGUGGCUGAGCCACCCAGGCCCAUUUAAUAGGCAGAGAAACUGAGGGCUGUCACCCAGACAACUGGAGAGGUUCAGAAAUUCAAGGUCAACCUCAGCUACACAGUGUACUUGAGGUCAGCCUGGACACCCUGUCCCAAAACAAAUAAAUAAAGGUAACCUGGCCUGGCCCCAUGCACGGCGGUAAAGGGCUUGCCCAGCACACAGUAGGCACAGGGUCCCAUCCCCACCACUACGAAAGAGUUCUUUUAACACUGGAAAGCACAGACACAGAAACCAAGGCAGAGGGAGAGUGAGGUGUCUCCAGGACACAGAGCACCAGGAUUGCUGGAGAUGCCAGGAGGUGCAAAGGGACAGAUUUUCAGAGGGUUCACAAGACGCACGGACAUGGUGACAACUUGAGUGUGAACUUGUGGUUUGCAGAACUAUCAGAGAACAUGUUUCUUUUGUAAUCAGCCACCCAUCCUCUGCUAAUUCCUUACAGCUUCCAGGAGACCCCAUAUAUGUCACCUCCCAAGCUCUCCACCCUUCACCUGGGUGCAUGCUAGGCAAGUGCUCUACCACAGAACUACACACCUAACCCUCCAAUUUUUUUUUGACACAGGGUCUUACAGAAGUCUGACCUAUGUCUACUUAUCUCUCCAUGCUUUUGUGUAUAUCAAUAUUCCACUCAUUUUCAAUGCCAAGUAGUAUUCCAUUGUGUGGACAUACGACAGUGUGCCACCCAUGCCCAGCAGGAUAGCUAGAUUGUUCCCAGCUUUUGUCUACAAUGAAUAAAAUUGCUGUGGCUGUUCAUGUACAAUUGGUAUCAGUAUGGAACCCAUAGAUUAAAAAAUAUUUGAAAAGAAAAUUUAUUUUCUUAUUGAACAUAUAUGGUCUUCUUUUGGGGUCCUGGUUCCCUAGACAAAUAGUGUAAGAAAUAUCUACAGAAAACCUAAUCUCUACACUCUAAGGGAAUCUACAGAAGCAAGUGGCACCUGAGAUCCCGGCCCUCAGAAAGCUGAGGCAGAAGGGGUGCUAAGAGUUCCAGACUCAAAAAGAAAGAAAGAAAGAAAAGAAGGAAGGAAGGAAGGAAGGAAGAAAGGA